AUGGCCAUGUUUAGCAGUGCUGAAUGGUUCUGGAAUGACUCAGACCGUUCCUCUGGCCCUGGGGGGAACUUCAGCCUGGUUCCGGUUUAUGAGGACGGGGAGCGGAACUACUAUGCCAUGCUAUAUUCCCUCCUCAUCCUGGCCAUUGUCUUUGGGAACGUUUUGGUGUGUCUGGCUGUGCUUCGGGAAAGAUCGCUCCAGACCACCACCAACUACCUGGUCGUCAGCUUGGCGGUUGCAGAUCUCCUGGUGGCGUCCCUGGUCAUGCCCUGGGCCGUCUACCUAGAGGUGGUGGGCGGAGCUUGGCUCUUCAGUCGCCUGUGCUGCAACAUCUUUGUGACUCUGGACGUGAUGAUGUGCACCGCUAGCAUACUCAACCUCUGUGCCAUCAGCAUUGACAGGUACACGGCCGUGGUGAUGCCCGUGCUUUACAAUACCACCCACAGCUCCCGGAAACGAGUCUCCGUUAUGAUCGCCACCGUGUGGAUCCUGGCCUUCGCCGUCUCCUGCCCCCUGCUGUUCGGCUUCAACACUACAGAUGAUCCAGCCAUUUGCUCCAUCUCUAAUCCGGAUUUCGUCAUCUACUCGUCGGUGGUGUCGUUCUACCUGCCGUUUGUCGUAACGCUGCUGGUCUACAUUCGCAUAUACGUCUUCCUCAGGAAGAGGAGGAAGAGGAUAGCGUUCCGUCAGGCCAGCGGCAAAGUCCAGCCUGGAUCUGCCCCUCCAUCUGCAGAAACCUGCUUGCAGGAGACUUGUCCCAAAGAGAAACGAGACCUGUCCCCAAUCAGGAUUAACGUGGUAAAUGAAAACACAGAGCAGGUGUCACGUCCACGGCUGUUAAGGGGCUGCCUUCGGCGUAAACGACCUCGUACCGUCCCAGCUGAGAACUCUCUUCUGCCCCCGGUGGACACGCUUAACUACUGCAGCAUCAGCCAGGCCUCCUUCGCCCGCACUGAACAGGAGCCUCAGCGCGAGGAAGAGGAGGGCGGGGAGGAGGAGCCAGUGGCCAUGCGCAGCUGCGAGGUCAAGGAGCUGUCCAACGGGCGCACGCACACCACGCUGCGGCCGCCGUCUCGACUCGCCACGCGAGCCGGACAGCAACGCUGCAGAAACAUGCACACGAAAGAGAAGAAAGCCACACAGAUGCUUGCCAUUGUGCUGGGGGUUUUCCUCAUCUGCUGGCUCCCCUUUUUCGUGACGCACAUCCUGAACACACACUGCAGCACGUGUCACGUCCCGCCCGAGCUCUACAGCGCCUUCACCUGGCUGGGCUACGUCAACAGCGCCCUGAACCCCGUCAUCUACACCACCUUCAACAUCGAAUUCCGCAGAGCCUUCAUCAAGAUCCUCAGCUGCUAA